AAAGGGGCUGUGCAGUAUCAAAAUGAAUUUGACUGCAGCAAGUUUAAUGCUAGCUUUGCUGCAAGCUUGUGUGGCAGCUGAGCAGGAUAUCAAUGUGGCAACUGUGCGGCGCAUACGUCAGAACAUGUUGCCACAUGUGUCGCCGUGUGUGGAUUUUUGGAGCUAUGCAUGCGGCAAUUGGUCGCUGCCGUUUGUGGAUAAUUUUCAGCUGGCGGAGCAGCGCUAUGCAGUUGAGAUGACAGCAAUAUUAGCUGAUGAAUUGCAGCAAGAGCAGGCGCCGCAAUUGUUGCAAGCAAUGCGAGAUUAUUUUAAGGCUUGUGGGAAGCAGCAGUCACAAGAGUUGAAAGAGUUGAAACAACAGCAGUUGCAGCUGUGGGCGUGGCUGGGCAAGUUGCGUCAGUAUGGCUUAAAUGGCGUAUUCUUUGAGCAGACAGUGGAUGUGGCCUACAAUGACUCCAAGCGUUAUGUGUUGCAGCUGAAGAUGCCAGCGAGCGCAGAUUUAGAGCAACUUGCUGUUGAUGCUGAGCUGCAGCAGUUUGUGUGGCAGCUGCGCGAUUUGACUGCAAGCUAUGACAGCGAGGAGUCAACAAUACAGAGCUGGAGCUUUGAUGAGCUGCAGCAGCAAAUACCGCAAAUUAAUUGGCAAAUGUAUUUUGAAGCAUUGCUGACAUUUGAUUUGAGCGCAGUGCGUGUGGAAGUGAGCGAUGUGGCAUAUCUACGUGCCGUGGGGCAGCUGCUGCAGCGCAGCCAGCCGAGCAACAUUGCAGCCUAUGUGCAACUGCAACUGGCAAAGUUUAUGCAGCAAGCGCGGCCUAAGCGUGGCAGCAACUAUGACUGCAUACAACACAUGCGCGCGCUGUUGCCGCUGGGCAUGAACUAUAUCUACAAUCGUUAUGUGUACAAAACACGCGCAACGGAUAUGCAGCAGUUGCAAGCACUGUUUGCCACACUGAAGCAAGUGUUUGCCAAAUAUUUAACAGCAAAUCGUUUGAGCUUAAACCAACAGCAAUUGGCUUAUCUACGCAACAAGCUGCAACACAUGCAACUACAGCUGGGCAACUUGCCACCGAAUGCCACUAGCAGUUACUAUAAUGCACAUUAUGGCAGCAUUAGCUUUGCUAAUGAUUUUGAACACAAUCUGCUUGCCGCUUUGCAACUGCGCACGCGUUUGCAACAUGCACCACUAAUGCAGCCGCACGCACAGUUGCAACUUGACACUUACUAUGUUAAUGAUGAUUUGUUUGUGGCACGCAACGCGCCCUACUUUGAGCCCGAACGCAAUACGCUAACAGUGCCGCUCAUCUUCAUGCAGUUGCCAUUCUACCAUCAAAGUCAGCAUCCAGUCUUCCGACACAGUCUUAUGGGUUUCAUUUUGGCGCAUGAGCUCAACCAUGCCUUCGAACAUGAAGGCAUACUCUACGACUAUGCUGGCAAUGAAUCCCCAUUGGGUGCGUCUAUACGACAGCAGCCUGCCUACCAACUGGCGCUUAAGUGUGUAGUGCAGGAGUCAACUACAGCGGCGCUUAAGGAGCGUCUGGCGGAUGUUAAUGGUCUGCAAUUGGCCUACGACGCGUUCUUUGGACUGAAUCAUGAUUCCUCGCAAUUUGCUUAUCUGCCAUAUGCCUUCGAGCAGCGGCUGCUGGCGCCACAGCUUUUCCACUUGAACUUUGCACAGUUUUUCUGCGGCCGUCUGCCCAUUGCACUGGGCCAUGAUAUGGACAAUGUGCGCGUGUAUAUUGCUCAAAAGUAUUUGCAUCAGUUUGCCAUUGAUUUCAAAUGCGCGCCAACGUCAGCAACUAACUGUUCACUCUGGCGUGCAUAACGGUAAUUACUAUUGUAUGUAAUGCGAGCAGCGUAAUCGAAACCAAUAUUUAAAAAGCAAUUAAUACAGUUGAAUUUAAGCUAACAGUUAGCAGCGGCUAAGGCUUAAAAAAUUAUAAAAAAAAUGUAACUUAACAAUUGUUACAUUAAACAUUUAAA